UGUAUUAUAUAUAUGGCCUCCGAAUACAUAGAAAAUUCCCGAUUAUUCAACUUCAUAUGUCGAUCUCUCAAGAGCUUUACCCAUCCCUAGACGACCUUCUUUACGAAGAAGAGCUUCUCCGAAAACCCUUUAGCCUGAAGGUAUGGUGGCGUUACCUAAUCGCUCGAUCCGAAUCUCCAUUCAAGAAGCGUUUUAUAAUCUACGAGCGAGCACUCAAGGCCCUUCCUGGGAGCUACAAGCUUUGGUCCGCUUACCUUCACGAACGCUUCGAGCUCGUUCGCAAUUUACCCAUCACUCACUUCCAGUAUGAAACCCUUAACAACACUUUUGAAAGAGCCCUGGUUACUAUGCACAAAAUGCCCAAAAUUUGGAUUCUGUACUUGCAAAGUUUGACGGAGCAGAAGUUGUUCACUCGGACUCGCCGGACCUUCGACAGAGCGCUGUGUGCUCUUCCAGUGACGCAGCACGACGGCAUUUGGGACCCGUACCUGGAGUUCGUGAGCCGAAAGGGUAUUCCAAUUGAGACCUCGCUUCGGCUUUAUCGCAGGUAUUUGAAAUAUGACCCUACCCAUAUUGAAAAAUUCAUUGAGUUCUUGAUAAAUUCUAGUCUUUGGCAAGAGGCCGCCGAGAGGCUGGCUUCAGUGUUGAAUGAUGACCAGUUCUAUUCGAUAAAGGGGAAAACGAAACAUAGGCUGUGGUUGGAAUUGUGUGAUUUGCUUGCUAAGCACGCUAAGGAGGUGUCAGGCCUCAAUGUAGAUGCUAUUAUUAGAGGUGGGAUUAGGAAAUUUACAGACGAGGUGGGACAGUUGUGGACCUCACUUGCUGACUAUUACAUUAGGAGGAAUUUGCACGAGAAAGCUAGGGAUAUAUUUGAGGAGGGUAUGACUACUGUGGUAACGGUAAGAGAUUUUAGCGUAAUUUUUGAUUCGUAUGUUGGGUUUGAAGAUAGCAUGCUUAUCCAUAAGAUGGAGACUGCGGAUUUGAGUGAUGAAGAGGAGGAAGAAGAAAAUGGGGUAGAAGAGGAUGGAAAUGAGGAGGAAGUUGAUCUUCGAUUGGAUGUUAACUUGUCUGUGGCUGAGCUUGAGAAGGAAAUGCUUAAUGGGUUUUGGUUACAUGAUGAUAAGGAUGUAGAUUUGAGGUUGGCUCGAUUGGAGCAUCUUAUGGAUAGAAGUCCUAUACUGGCUAAUAGUGGCUUUUUACGACAAAAUCCCCAUAAUGUAGAGCAGUGGCACCAAAGAGUGAAGCUCUUUGAGGGCAAUCCCACAAAGCAGAUACUUACUUACACAGAGGCUGUGAGGACAGUUGAUCCAAUGAAAGCAGUGGGAAAGCCUCAUACGUUGUGGGUUGCGUUUGCCAAGUUGUACGAGAAUCACAAAGAUAUUGCAAAUGCAAGAGUGAUUUUUGAUAAAGCAGUUCAGGUGAACUACAAGACAGUGGAUAAUUUGGCUAUUCUUUGGUGUGAGUGGGCAGAAAUGGAAUUGAGGCAUAAGAAUUUUAAAGGAGCACUGGAACUAAUGAGGCUGGCCACCGCAGAGCCAUCUGUUGAGGUGAAACGCAGAGUGGCGGCUGACGGGAACCAACCGGUUCAGAUGAAGCUGCAAAAUUCCUUGAGAAUGUGGACUUUUUACGUGGAUUUAGAGGAGAGCCUUGGUAAAUUGGAGUCCACCUGGGCUGUUUAUGAGAGGAUAAUGGAUUUGAAGAUAGCCACACCACAAAUCAUAAUCAAUUAUGCAUUGCUUCUGGAGAAGCAUAAAUACUUUGAAGAUGCGUUCAAGGUGUAUGAAAAAGGUACCAAAAUAUUUAAGUACCCACAUGUCAAAGACAUAUGGGUUACAUAUCUCUCUAAAUUUGUAAAGAGAUAUGGGAAGAAAGAACUGGAACGUGCAAGACAGCUAUUUGAGGAUGCUGUUCAAGCAGCGCCUGCUGAUGCAAAGAAACCUUUGUAUCUUCAAUUUGCAAAUCUGGAGGAGGAUUAUGGUCUAGCAAAGCACGCUAUGAAGAUAUAUGAUGAAGCAACUAAGGCUGUUCCAAACCAUGAGAAAUUGAGCAUGUAUGAAAUGUACAUUGCCCGUGCUGCAGGGAUAUUUGGCAUCCCCAAAACAAGGGAAAUAUAUGAGCAAGCAAUAAAAUCCGGUCUUCCAGACAAAGAUGUGAAGACAAUGUGUUUGAAGUAUGCUGAGCUUGAGAAGAGCUUGGGAGAAAUUGAUCGUGCUCGGGGAGUAUAUAUAUUUGCAUCACAGUUUUCGGAUCCACGAUCUGAUGUAGAUUUCUGGAACAAAUGGCAUGAGUUUGAGGUGCAACAUGGAAAUGAAGAUACCUUCCGAGAGAUGCUUCAAAUUAAGCGAAGUGUUUCUGCAAGCUAUAGCCAGACACACUUUAUUCUACCCAAGUAUAUGAUGCAAAAGGAUCAGAGGUUGAACAUUGACGAGGCAAAACACAAGUUGAAACAGGCUGGAGUCCCUGAAGAUGAAAUGGCUGCUUUAGAGAGGCAGUUGGCACCUGUGGCUAAAGACACUACCACCAAAGAUAGUAACAGAAAAGUGGGCUUUGUGAGUGCUGGAGUAGAAUCACAGAUGGACAAAGAGAUCAAAGUUACUGCAAUUCAUGAAGAAAUUAAGCUACUGGAAGAAAGUGAUUCAGAAGAUGAUGAAAUGGUUGAAAUUGCACUAAAGGAGGUCCCAUCUGCUGUUUUUGGAGAGUUGGCUAACAAGAGAAAGGAGGCUGAAAAAGAUGAGGGUGGAGAUGUUGCUGCUGCGACCAAGGAUGGUGACACCCACCUUGGCGCCCUUGAGAGAAUAAAGAGGCUAAAACGAGGCGGUUGAUUUAAGAACAUUUUUAUGCAUAUGUUCACUAACUCCAGGUUGCAUAAUAUAUUAUAUUAGAAGUGUUUAAAAAAAAUUAAUUAAUUUCAACGAUUUGCACACAAUUUGUACCAAAGAUAUCUUAGAAAAUCUUAGAUAAAAAGUCCUGCUUUCUGUAAGAAAAUCUUAGAAACUUCAGAAGCUCUCAAGCAGUACAAUGUUACUACAAAGUGUGAAUGAUACAAGACCAUUGUAAAGGUAAAUAUGAAUACGAGUUAUUAAAUUUUUUGGUUUUGAUAACAAAUUAGCAAUGAAUUUCCAUGUAGUGAGGCAUUUUACUAUGUCCAUAACUAUGACCAAUUAUCCAGGUCUACAGUGAAGGUUAGAUGUGUAGAACUUUUAAAGAAAGAAAGGCUAGAUGUGUCAGGCGUUUUACUAUGUCCAUAACAAUCUUGCAGCUGUUUAAAUGGUAUAAAAUCUUUUGCGGUUGAGGAGUGUGAGUGUAAGGUAUGGAAUGUACAACAGCAAUGGCCUCCAUAAUCCAUGAUCCAUGACAGCGGUUAGUAUAUUGAGGUAAAUUCCUCUGGUGGGUUAAGCCUAUUGAUUCCAUGUGUUUUUGGCUUGAGGAUUGAAUCUUCAUUUGGGUUUUACUCGUCGCGUAAUCAGAAUCCUCAGGACAUAUUUACAAGACCUAGAUGAAGCUCCUGUCAAACGAACUUAAAAGUCUUGGCUACCUUAUCUGCUAAGCGAGAAACAAGUCUAUCUGCAUCCCUCACUAACUCAUCUCUAGCACUGCGUUCUGGAUCAUCGGUCGACUGUACCAGCUCAUGACACACAACUUUCAUUCCUUGAACUGACUGGAACACAGGCAUAUUUGCUCAGAGCAUGUUCUUCAAUGGAAAGAAAUUACAAAGUAGAAAGAAAGAUGCAAACACCGAACACCCCACAAACAGAUCAAGUGAAAGUUGGCAACGUUGAAAUGUGCCCACAAGCAACCAAAUUAAGAUAGAACAAUGUUGCCAACGGGGUCUAGCCCAAUAAAAAAGGGCUUUGACUUA